AUGUCCCACUCCCAGUACUCCCUUCUUCUUCUCUCGGCUUUCCAUGCGUCUCGCCGGUGGUUCUCACCAGUGGCCGUCGCCGCUGGGUCUCGCCCGUCGCCAGUGGCAGGCUAUUCAUCUCCUACUCAGUCUGCAAUUACUGCAGAACUUGGUCUCUCUACUACUCAGUUUUCACUUUUCAGUUCUAUACUUACUUUUGGUGCAAUGAUUGGAGCUAUCACUAGUGGACCUAUUGCAGAUUUUAUUGGGAGGAAAUGGGCGAUGAGAGUGUAUUCCGCUUUCUGUGUGGGCGGGUGGUUUUCCAUAUAUUUUGCCAAGGGUUCUUUAGCAUUGGAUAUAGGAAGACUAGCAGGAGGAUACGGAAUGGGUGCCUUCUCCUAUGUGGUACCUGUUUACAUUGCAGAAAUAGCACCUGUAAAUCUCCGAGGAGCACUUACAACAUUAAACCAGGUCAUGAUCUGUACUGGCGUCUCAGUGGCGUUUAUUAUAGGGAUAGUUUUAUCAUGGAGAACUUUAGCAUUAACUGGACUUAUUCCAUGUGAUGUUCUGCUUUUGGGUUUAUUCUUCAUUCCAGAAUCUCCAAGAUGGCUGGCGAAAAUAGGAUCUCAAAAGGAGUUUGAAGCUGCAUUUCAGAAACUUCGUGGCAAGGAUGCAGAUAUAACCCAUGAGGCUGCUGAGAUUCAAGUACUAGUUGUUCUAAAUUACAUAGAAGAACUCGAAAAGCUUCCUAAAGCUAAUAUGUUUGACUUGUUUCAAAAGAGGUAUCUACGUUCUGUAACGAUAGGAGUUGGAUUGAUAGUUUGCCAACAGUUUGGGGGAAUUAACGGUAUCUGCUUCUAUGUCAGCAAUAUCUUUGAGACGGCUGGAUUUUCUCCAAGCAUUGGUACUAUAAUAUAUGCUUUGCUUCAGGUCUAUACUCCAAGGAAUACGUCUUAUGCUAGUGAGGAAAUUGAUGUGGUUCGUGAGCAAUGGGUUGCAAGUAUUUAUUAUUGGCCUAAGGGCGCUUGAUCGAGUUAGUUUAGAUGUUAUAGAACAAUAUUCUAUGUUAAAAUGUAUGCGUACGUUGAAAUUGGAACAUACAUAUAUUUAAAUGUAUAUGGUACGUGCACUUUUGUUUUGGGAUA